AUGAGAGAGAGGGGGGGGCUGCUGCGCCUCUCCUCUACCAUCUCCUCCACCACCGCCCCUGAGCUAGCAGACCUGGCAGGGUUAGGGUUUGCACACAUUCAAGACGAACUGGCUGAAGCUGCUGGGAUGCUGGCAGGGGUGGCGCCGGGGUCUGGGAGACUGGGGGAGACGAGUGGGGGAGUGGUGGGGAGUAGUGGUGUGGAGGGUGGGAGGGAGGAAGGGAAGGGGAAGUGGGGAAAGAGUGGUGGUGACGUGGCAGGGCCUGUGUCCCGCCCCCAACGGUGGCUGAGCAUGGAAGCUGGUGCUGCUGCUGCUGGUGCAAGUGGUGUUGGUAGUAGGAGCAGAGGGGCGGGAGAGUGUGAGGAAGAUGAGGAGGAGGACCAGGAGGUGGCAUAUGGGAAGGCGCUGACAACAGCAGCAGUGGAGGGGGGGAGCGGCCGCAUGGCCUAUGCAGGCGAGGGGAGGGGGCGAGGGGCGAGCAGAGGCAGAGGCGGGGAGGAGGGGGCUGGGAGAGGGGCGGAGGGGCGGCCUGUAUUGGCAGCACCUGCAGCAGCAGCGGUGCGUGUGUUUGUGUGGGAUCCGGAGGGCAGCAUUCAGGAGCAGCUGGGCGGAGAGGGGGAGGGUCCGCUGGAGGAGGGUGAGGAAGGCGAGGAGGAGGGUGAGGAGGAGGGGAGGGAAGGCGGAGGGGAGGAGGAAGGGAUGGAGAGGCAGGGGGGAAGGCGGGGUGUGGACGCAGUGAACGAGGCGGCGUUUCACGCUGCUCUGAGGGCUGUUUCUAGUGGGAGGCUCAAGGCUGCUGGGUUCGAUCGGGUGAUCGGGAUGGUGUUUACCGGCAGAGGGGUUGAGUCGGUUACAAUGCGGUUUGCGAGGCUCGCUGCUGCGGUGAAAACGGCGCAGUUCUGGGGGUCUGGGGUAGGGCCUGGGGCGGGAGAGGGGACUCAUCACUCUCCCCGGUCCUCUCCUAGUACAGGAGGUAGGGCUGUUGGGGGAGCAGGGCAAGGGGGGAGGAGCGUAGGAGCAAGCGGUAGUAGAGGCGGGUUGACAGGCUCAGAUAUCGCCUUCAAGCCAGAUCCAAAUGUUACCUCCCCUGGAGCAGCAGCAGCCACCAAAGCUGUCGCCUCCGAACCUCUCUCCCCCUCUUCCACCUCCUCUCCUGCUCUCUCUGCUUCCACUGCCCCCUCAGCCUCCCCCUCCCCUUCUCUCUCCGCCUCGGCUCCUGGCUGGGCUGCUGCGGCCUUUGCAGUUGCCUCUAGUUGGGGUUCUGCCCUUGCUUCCCAGGCCAGUUCCGGAGCUGCAGCCGCGGCAGCAGGUUCGGGAAAAGGCUCGGCGACAGGCUCGGUGGGUGGGUUGUGGGCGGCUGGCGGAGCAAGCGCUACUGGGAUUGGUGCUGGCUCAGACGGUGCGUCAGGUGGUCCUUCAGGUGGUGCCUCAGGUGGUUCUUCAGGUGCUGGCAACAAUGCUGAUGCUUCUGGUUCCGGUGCUGGUGGUAGUGGUGCUGACCAUUUAGUACGAGAUGGGAGGAGGAGGGGAGGGAGUGAAGGGGAGGUGGGGGCAUGGCUGAGUGAAAAGGCAGCAGCAGAGGACGGGCAGGAGGACGGGGAGGCGGGAUCUGGUGCAGGUAGAACCAAGCCAGGGCACAGCCGGGGCAGGAGUGACAUCCCAACGCUGUGGCUGGGCGGAGGGAGAGGCACCGGCGGCAGUGACGCCCUUUCUUCCCCCUCUGCUGCCACUGCAGCAGGGGGAGGAGGAGGAGGGGCGAGGGGGUGGGCUGGAAGCUUCUUCUCGAGCACCCCUAAUGGGAGCCCGAGAGGUGGUGCUGGUGGUGGCAGUGCUGGCGGUGCUGGUGCUGGUGCAGCAGGGAUUUGGGGGGGGGCUGCUGGGAUGGGCCUGGGAGGGGGGCUAGGAGGGGUGAUGAGUGGCGGAGUGGGAAAGACAGGCACGGGUAGCAAGCCGUCGAGUGCGGUGUUCCUGACUCCACGCACCUCCCAGCAGAACUCGUAUGUGGCUGAGUUUGUAGAUGCGAUGCUGCGGAGCGAGGUGAUGCGGCGGCAGCACGCGUGGGCGUAUGAGUUGUUGCUUAACUUUUUGAGGAUCAACAGUAGAGGGGCGCCUAUGGAAGAGAGGGAGCUGAAUCUCUGCGCUCAGGUGCUACUCACCAAGUGGCUGGGCGAGGGCGAGGUGCAGGAGAUGGAGGAGAGGGCAGUGGCUAAGAUAGAGGGAAUGGAUGACCCGGGCGUGCAGGUGGGGUGGCCCAUGUGGGUGCGCGUGGGUCGCCUCGUGGAGCGACAGUACGACCUGCCCCGUCUGCUGCGCGCCAUGCAGAGCCUCUCUAUCUGGUUCAACUACGAUGAACUAGAGGAGGACGGAACGUGCACCAGUGCCACCGUCUCUUCCGUCUUUGACUGGGCUCUGGCCGGCCUGCUACAGGACCUGCCGCCUGGAGACGACGCCGCGCAGUGCCUGCUGGACGCCCUCGAUCCAGAAGAUGACGAAUGGAUCGACGUCUCGCUCGCCGUUGCCGCCCGGAUGGCUCUGCCGACCGGCAACUGGUGGCCCGUGCAGGGCGGCGGAGGGGUGGCAGGGUUUGUCGCCAAGCUGCUGUCACUCAUAGAAGAGUGUGGGGACCCAACACCCCAGCAGCAGAACCGGGCGGUGCAGGUGGCGCUGAGGCUGUGGAGCUGGGCCAUGCCCAAGCGAGAGCAGUUGCAGGAGCAGUGCGAGGCAUGUGAGGAGAGAGAGGGCGGUGUAGGUGGCUUUGAGGCUUUGGAGCUGGGCCAUGCCUAA